UCAGCAGCCCAACACCAUAUGGGUGGGCGAUGAUUGACUCUGCAGGGACACACACGCAGCGUGGCAAGCCCGUGUGCUCACGAGCAUCGGUCAAAAUCAGUCAAUAUCACAGCGAGGGAAUCGGACGAGCCACCUACCGUCAGCAAUGGCCUCCAGCGGCCCAAAUGAAGCAAUGGUGUGGCUAUGUGGCCGUCGUCGUCAGCGAGCCCAACGAGGCACUGUGGGAGAUCUGCAGGCACACAAAACACCGAAGCACAAGCUGAUUGAAUUUUUCAACGCUUCAUCUGCCUCUCUCGCUGCCACCUUACCCUCUCUAAGCGUCUUGAGAGCUCCAGAGGCCUUUUGGCGCUUAUUGCCGACCUGCGAGCUUUGGCUUUACGUCAUCUUUUUUCGGUAUUCUUGACAACAGGGCCGCGUAGAGUGUCGGGAAGAUGCCCAAAGAGCCGCUGUGAUGACAU